GAAGAAUGGGUGACGUCUUAUCCUGAAAAGCCCCACCGGAAAUAGCGCUGUUGUUGCCGGCAGAACUCGGGUAGCAUGUCCUGCAUCAUGGCUGCUCACAGUAAUAACUUCAUCCGCGUGCGCUUAUUCUUUGACUACCCGCCGCCGGCUGUCAUUGGCUGCCGCAUGUGCUGGUUGCUCGUGGACUUGAACUCAUGUCGCGUGGUGGCGGAUCUGGAGGGUCUGAUCAGAGAGAAGUUUGAGUUCAGCCGCGGGAGCGUCCUGAGCCUCUUCAUGGAGGACUGCUACCUGCCGCACACUGAGAGCAUCUUUGUGGUGCGGGACAACGACAGCGUCAGGGUGAAGGUGGACUGUCUGGCUCAGGUGAAUGGAAACAGCAGCUAUCCAGAAUCAGCAAGCGAAAAGGGCAAAAAGAGACCAAGACCCACAGAGGAGGAGACUGGUGCAGGAGAAAAUGGAGUAAGUGUGGAAUGGAAGAAAAAGAGGAGAAAAAAAGGGAGCGAGGAGAAGCUGGAGAGGGACGCUGAGCGGGCCUCAGUUGAUGAGAGGACUAAGAUGUCACAAGGAAAGCAUGCAGAGAAGAAGAAGAAGGAGAAGAAAAGAAAGAAGGCAGAUGAAAGUGGCCCUACUGUCACCCCCAAAGCAGCCGCCUCUGUCAAAAGGGUAGAGCAGCCAGUUAAAAGCAGCAAGAAGCCCCCAGUGGCAAACAAAAACAACGUCCCCUCUUCAGAUUCCAGUAGCAGCAGCAGCAGUGAGGAGGCUGAAGCUCCUAAAAGAAAAGCUGCCCAAAAAGUUGCCCCCAAAGCAACCUCCUCCACUCCCGCUGCUUCCAAGACACCUCCAACCACCAAACCCAGCCGGACAAAACCAAAGCCUCCUUCAUCAUCCUCCUCGUCCUCCCCCUCCUCCUCCUCUGAUGAAGCUGACAGUGUCAAAGCCCCGCCAAAAAACAAACCUUUAACAUCCACAGCCGUCAAAGAAAGAAUAAGUGCUAAGUCAAAGUCUCAGCAGGCUCCUCCUCCUGCCUCACAGGCCACAAACCCUGCACAGGAACAGGCUGCGAGCGCAGCAGUGCCUCCUGGUGACAAAGACACCAGACCUGGCUCCUCAAGCAGCGAAGAGGAGAUCGAGCUUGUUAUCCGCCGGCCGAUCCAGCCGCUGGGCCACGGUGUGGGGAGUCCGCUGUCUUCCAGAGGCCUUGGCCGAGGCAACAACUGGCACGGUGGCCCUGGAGAAAGGGGGAGAGGGAGAGGGAGAGGGGGCGUCAGAGGGCACAAUGGCAGCUUUGAGAUCAGCUAUAAUGAAUCCAAGGAGCCUUCUUACCAGACUGAUUCUCUGACCAACAUGUCAGUGGUCCUCCAGAAUGCAGCCGGAAGUGCUCCCAAGAAGAACUACAGCUCUAUGCCUCUGCUAGCUGCUCCUCCACAGGUGGGACAGACGAUUGCCUUCAAGUUGCUGGAGCUAACUGAGAACUAUACACCAGAGGUGUCAGAUUAUAAGGAGGGAAAGAUUGUGAGCUUUGACUUCACCAGCAAACAGAUAGAGCUGGAACUACAUGGUGCCUUUCAAGCUCCUGUAGAGCCUGGCAAGUUUGACCUGGUCUAUCAGAACCCCGAUGGAUCAGAGAGGGUGGAGUACGCAGUGUCCAGGGGCUCACGGGUGACAGAACGGUGGGACUCCCUGCUGGAACCACGGCUCGUCAUUUAAAUCUGUCCAAACAGUGACUUGGAUCAUCACCCCCCCCCCCCCUCCCCCCCUUUCAACUUGUAAUCCAGCACCAAAGUUAAACAGGCAGUGACUUCCUGACGUUAAAUAUGACAGCAAAGGCAUAUAGUUGUGGUUGUUCAUAUUCUCUUCUGUGUGCUUCUAAAUAAGUCAUCACUUUGCAGAGAAAAGCUGCUGCAUAGCAAAGUACAGGUCAAAGUACUGAAAAAUGUAAGUUAGUUUUUAAUGUGUACAGUUGAUAUGAGUGAUUGUUUCCAGAACUGGGACAUUAUGGUUUUAUGUUUUUUACAGUGAUGUGAUAUCAGUCUUGUACAAACAGUUUUUUUUCUAAUAAAAUGCUGCGUCUUCUGCUUUGA